AUGACCGACGCGAACGCUGGCUUCUACAUGCGCCUCGCAAGCUCUGAUGGCGACGAUGUGAAAUUCAUCCUGGCGGCUUGGGACUCUACGCUUCCGUUCCUCGCCUUGAUCGGAGCCGGUGAGAUGUGGGGUGACGAACCAUUUUCACAGCGAGCGGGUCAAAAACAAGAGGUCAUUGAUGUUAUCAAUGGAACGACGAAGGAAAUAGAUGGUGGUCGUCAAUUCUGGAUUGCCGAGACACGUCGUGCAGGAGAUAUCGUCAAGGUUGGGGCUGCCAUGACGCGUGAAGUCUUGCCUGUAUAUCUCACUGAGCAUGUCGAUAUGGGGAGUCAUCGAGAUGCCAGCAGUUCCCUCUUAUACCUGGAACUAUUGAUUGCCGACCAUUGA